AUGUCCCAAAAUGACCCUACCAAUAAGCAAACUCCAAUCAGAGUAGAAUUCAUUUCCGGCCUCGGUUCAGCUAUUCUCAACAUAGGAAUAACGUACCCAGUGACCAAGCUAAUUUACAGACAAAUUUUAGAAAACCAAAGGGCCGUAAAUUCAUUACAAAUAAUACGGAAGGAAGGAUUGUGGAUUUUAUAUAGAGGUGCCAUUCCCCCGAUGCUGCAAAGAUGUGUAACGCUUUCAACAAUGUUUGCUGUUUAUAAAGCGGCCAGUUUACCAUUAGAACAUGUUAAAAUGGGUAAAUAUUACAAGAAAAUUUCUGCUUGUUUUAUAGCUGGGACUCUGGAAUCGGUUUUUAUGCCCUUGGAAAGAAUACAAAUACUAUUAGUAUCAUCAAAGUACAAUAAAAGAUUUAGAAAUAUGUUCCACUUAACGGCAGUCAUAGCAAGAGAUUAUCAUGUGAAAGAGUUUUAUAGAGGCUACACUCUUAUUUUGUUGAGAAAUGUAACAGCCAACUCCUGUUUUUUUAUCACAAAAGACGAACUCAAUAAGCGUUAUGGCAUUGAUAACACGACUAACACGAAAUCUUUCGCUGGCAAUAUUCAGCAAUUUAUUUUCGGAUCACUCAUAGGAACUUUCAUGACAAUUCUGUUCUAUCCGCUCAAAGUAAUGAAAGUAAAUAUUCAUCAGAACCUGGGAGGAAGAUUUAGGGGUCUCACAGAAAUUGCUCAGGACGUUUAUAGAAAAGAUGGAGGAGGAAUAGCUAACUUUUAUCGUGGCAUCAUCAUCAAUAGUUUUAGGUCAUUAUUUGCUUGGGGCAUCACAAAUGUGUCAUACGAAUACAUUAAAGAAAAACUAAAUUCAUAG